AUGGAGGAAAAGUCUAGGGAAUUCAAUUCGAAUUCCACCAAAUCCUUAGCUAUAACCAUGAACUUCCUCAGAGAAACACUUUCCCCUCUCUCAUCAGACCCUCUCUUCUCAACCAUUAUCACUCUAUAUACUCUAAUUCUCCUCUACUUCCCUACCCUUUUCUUAAGAAUCAUUUUCUCUCCUGUUUUUAUUUCCACCGGAAUUCUUUUCCUCACUGUUCUGAGACUCGGCGCAAUUCAAAGAACAGAAAAGGAAAAGGAUAAGGAAAAGGAAAAGGAAAAGGAAAAGGAAAAGGAAAAGGAAAAGGGAUACGAUUUCCUCCAACUACCGCCACAACCAACCGACGAUUCUCUCAAUGAAGAUCACAAAUGGGUCUCGUGCAAAACCAAUCCAGAGCCCGAAAUUGAAAAGGGUUUGUGUCUGGAUUUCGAUCCGUGCCAUUUUUACGUUGAUUCCUUCAUUGAAUGGAACGUGAGAGCACCAUUGGAGGUGAUAUACGAAGAAUGCGAAGGCGAAGAAGACGAAAACGACGAAUCCUCCGGCGAAAAGAGAGAGACCCAGUUAAUGGGUGUCGAAAAAUAUGCAUCGUUGUCUCUGUAUUACCCUGAAACUGACUCUGACAGCUCGACUGAAGUGGAUUUCCCGAUGGACGGAGAUUGGGACUCGCCGGCGAACAUGUGUUUCAGUUGGGCCGAAGAGGACAGAGAAGGGUUGAUAGAGAUUGCAUUGGACGGAAAGAAAGAGACUGAAGCGUUUUUCCAUGCCGAAGAAGAGAAUUUAAUUGAGAUUGAUAUUUCUCCGGCGACUAGUAAUGAGUUUUCCGGUGAGAAACGGUGA